UCAGACUGUACUGGUUCCGAGAUUCUGUGCAAGCCUCAUGGAAAUGAAGCUGCCAGGCCAGGAGGGGUUUGAAGCCUCCAGUGCUCCUAGAAAUAUUCCUUCAGGGGAGCUGGACAGCAACCCUGGUCCUGGCACCGGCCCCAGCCCUGAUGGCCCCUCAGACACAGAGAGCAAGGAACUGGGAGUACCCAAAGACCCUCUGCUCUUCAUUCAGCUGAAUGAGCUGCUGGGCUGGCCCCAGGCACUGGAGUGGAGAGAGACAGGCAGCUCCUCUGCAUCUCUGCUCCUGGACAUGGGAGAAAUGCCCCCAAUAACACUGUCUACCUCUACCCACCUUCAUCACAGGUGGGUACUGUUUGAGGAGAAGUUGGAGGUGGCUGCAGGCCGGUGGAGUGCCCCUCAUGUGCCCACCCUGGCACUUCCCAGCCUCCAGAAGCUCCGCAGCCUGCUGGCCGAGGGCCUUGUACUGCUGGACUGCCCAGCUCAGAGCCUCCUGGAGCUCGUGGAGCAGGUGACCAGGGUGGAGUCGCUGAGCCCAGAGCUGAGAGGGCAGCUGCAGGCCUUGCUGCUGCAGAGACCCCAGCAUUACAACCAGACCACAGGCACCAGGCCCUGCUGGGGCUCUACUCAUCCAAGAAAGGCUUCUGACAAUGAGGAAGCCCCCCUGAGGGAACAGUAUCAGAACCCCCUGAGACAGAAGCUGCCUCCAGGAGCCGAGGCAGGGACUGUGUUGGCAGGGGAGCUGGGCUUUCUGGCACAGCCACUGGGAGCCUUUGUUCGACUGCGGGAUCCUGUGGUACUGGGGUCCCUUAAUGAGGUGUCCCUCCCAAGCAGGUUUUUCUGCCUUCUCCUGGGCCCCCCUAUGCUGGGAAAGGGCUACCAUGAGAUGGGACGGGCAGCAGCUGUCCUCCUCAGUGACCCGCAAUUCCAGUGGUCAGUUCGUCGGGCCAGCAACCUUCAUGACCUUCUGGCAGCCCUGGAUGCGUUCCUAGAGGAGGUGACAGUGCUUCCCCCGGGUCGGUGGGACCCAACAGCCCGGAUUCCCCCGCCCAAAUGUCUGCCAUCUCAGCACAAAAGGCUUCCCUCGCAACAGCGGGAGAUCAGAGGUCCCUCCGGCCCGCGCCUGACCUCGGCUGAGGACAGGCACCACCAUGGGCCGCACGCACCCAGCCCGGAGUUGCAGCGGACUGGCAGGCUGUUUGGGGGCCUUAUCCAGGACGUGCGCAGGAAGGCCCCGUGGUACCCCAGCGAUUUCUUGGACGCCCUGCAUCUCCAAUGCUUCUCCGCGGUACUCUACAUUUACCUGGCCACUGUCACUAAUGCCAUCACUUUCGGGGGUCUGCUGGGAGAUGCCACUGAUGGUGCCCAGGGAGUGCUGGAAAGUUUCCUGGGCACAGCAGUGGCAGGAGCUGCCUUCUGCCUGAUGGCAGGCCAGCCCCUCACCAUCCUGAGCAGCACUGGGCCGGUGCUGGUCUUUGAGCGCCUGCUCUUCUCUUUCAGCAGAGAUUACAGCCUGGACUACCUGCCCUUCCGCCUAUGGGUGGGCAUCUGGGUGGCUACCUUUUGCCUGGUGCUGGUGGCCACAGAGGCCAGUGUUCUGGUGCGCUACUUCACCCGCUUCACCGAGGAAGGUUUCUGUGCCCUCAUCAGCCUCAUCUUCAUCUACGAUGCUGUGGGCAAAAUGCUGAACUUGACCCAUACCUAUCCUAUCCAGAAGCCUGGGUCCUCUGCCUACGGGUGCCUUUGCCAAUACCCAGGCCCAGGAGGUGGGUAA